GCUGAAGAGGCAGGCAGCCAAGCAGGCAGGCAGGCAGGCAGUCAGAGGAGCGAGUUGGUUUGUGGGCUUUGAAUAAACCUCCUGCUCAGACGAGGAGACCCAGGGAGUCUGUCAGCUCCGUUUCAGUCACUCAGCUCUCUCUUCUCCUUCGCCCCUCAGCUGGUCUCCUCCCUUCACUCUUUGUUUUUCUUCUCCUCUAUUCUCUUGCUCUGUAUUCGCCUGUUGCUUCUCCUCCUCCUCCUCCUCCUGCUGCUGCUGCUGCUGCUGCUGCCACAAACUUAGUCUAGAAAGAAAGUGCUGGGUGAUGGACUGCUGAACGGCUCGUACGUCGCUACAAAGUGAGCUGUAAGCCGAGUGAUUGACAGGACCACCAGACAUGGGGAAGCAGAACAGCAAGCUCCGUCCCGAGGUGAUGCAGGACCUGCUGGAGAGCACCGACUUCACCGAGCACGAGAUCCAAGAGUGGUACAAGGGCUUCCUCAGGGACUGCCCCAGCGGGAACCUCUCCAUGGAGGAGUUCAAGAAGAUCUACGGCAACUUCUUCCCCUACGGGGACGCCUCCAAGUUCGCCGAGCACGUCUUCCGCACAUUCGACGCCAACGGCGACGGGACGAUAGAUUUCCGGGAGUUUAUCAUCGCGCUGAGCGUGACGUCGCGUGGCAAGCUGGAGCAGAAGCUGAAAUGGGCCUUCAGUAUGUACGACCUGGACGGGAAUGGGUACAUCAGCAAAUCCGAGAUGCUGGAGAUUGUACAGGCAAUAUACAAGAUGGUGUCCUCUGUGAUGAAGAUGCCCGAGGACGAGUCGACACCUGAGAAGAGGACGGAGAAGAUCUUCAGGCAGAUGGACACCAACAGAGACGGCAAACUCUCUCUGGAGGAGUUCAUCAAGGGGGCCAAGAGCGACCCCUCCAUCGUCCGCCUGUUGCAGUGCGACCCCAGCAGCGCCGGACAGUUCUAGACCCGAGGCAUCGACAACGACCUUGCUUCUUUGGGUGACUUGAAACGCCCGUAACUCUCCACUCUGGAGCAGACUGAUGAUGAAGAAUGACAAGAUGACGACGAUGAAGGACGCAGACCUUCAGUAUGUACUGAGGACUUUCAAAAGAUGGACACACGGGAGCCACGUCCUCCACUUUCCCCUCCCUCCGAGCUGUUUAUCUAAACCCCCUAAAAACACCAAACAAACCCCCACCGAUUGUAAUUGAACCCCCUCAGUUCUCCUAUAGGCAUGUGAGAGUGUGAAGAAGGUCCACAGUAGGUUGUAUAUAUGCAGUAUAAACUGGAGUCUCUUUAUCAGUGUCUUUGCUUGGUUGUGUUCCCUCCACCCGGGGCCACACAGAGCCUCCAUCACUCUAAUGUGUAUAAUAGACGGAGUGUUGUUGUGCAUGGGACUAUGAGAGGUGUCGAGUAACAGGACACGCUGUAGGUGACGUCAUCCAAUCUGCAGAGAGGACCUGUGGAGUCUGUCCUUCACUCAGAACGAGCAACUGCUUUCACUUUCCUCUUUUCUACCGUGAGAAUGUGUACGUGUGUUUGUGUAUUUUUUCUUUUUUUUUUUGCAAAAACUCGAUAGACUUUUCGUGCUGGGACGACGAGAACAUAAACACGAUGCUCCUCCUAUGCAUAUACCCCCCCCCCCUCCCCCUCCCACCGAUCAGUAGUUUUGUGAAGCCUCUUCUGAGGGAUGAACAUCCAUCCUCUCCUGCCCCGUCAUCUGUUCCAGUGUUUUGUGUUGUUUUGUUAUUUUUUUUUCCUCCUCUCUCAUCUCCGACCAGUGACACCGACGGAGAGUUACUGCGCACUAGAAAGUAGUAAAAACUAGUCUUUUAAAAGUAUUUCAGUACCGUGUAGAUAUUUUAAAGUGCACCUAAAUUUGUAAAGCAAAUCCACAUAGUCCAGAAUGCUCAGAACAAAUGUUGUGAAAUAAUAAUAAUGAUGAUGAUAAUAAUAAUAAUAAUGAAAAAGAAAAAAAAAACUUGUUUAUUUAAGCUGUCGCGGGGAAACCGAGCAUGCACCACUUCUUUUUAUUCUGACUUUUAUUCUGACGUGAGGAGCGGAGGCUCCUUCACUUUUAGAUGUUUUUGAAACGCUGCAUGUCGAAUCAGUCGUUGGGUACGGGGGGGUGGGGAGGGAGUGGGGGGGCGCGUAGACUUAAAUAACACGCAUGCAUGUGACUUAAGCGCAUGUGUGUGUUCGUGACGUAUGUUUAUGGAUCGCUAACGGCCCAGUCGCCCCUGCAGCUCUGCGCUCGCUUCUCUGUGUUGGUUUUUUGUCAGCACUAGUUCUACCAGUGGUCAGUGUUAUUAUUGCCAGAGCCGACGCGUCUGUUAGUUCACACCGGGGAUUUUAUGGAAGCUUUAGGAAGCCCACCAUGCACAACUAAUUACACACACACACAUAUAUAUAUAUAUGUAAGAGAGCUCAAUAAUUAGAUCUCCUGCCAUCUGAAUCUCUAACAGGGCCCAACAUACACAGAGAGCAGCAGCUCCUUCAAUAUUUCAGAAUAUUACAGACAGUGCACGGUGCAUUUUUUUUAAUUUUAUUUUAUUUUUUUUAAUUAUUAUUUGGGUUCCUAUCUCACUACUGCUUUCCUUCACUCAAAAAAAAAACUCUCCUCAACAUAUUUUAAAGUGGCACCAGGACAUGUGUGAAGCUCCCCUGAAUGUAACCGAGCCCUCGUCCUCCAGGUCCGAGCAGAGCCGAGCCGGACCCUCUUACUGCAAUCAGAAAAAAAAUAAGAAAAGAAAAAGAAAAAAAAAAAAAGCUUUGAUUGUUUAGUUGAUUAACUGCAGUUUUUUUUUUUUUUUUUUGUAAAGACAAUAAAAAAAUAAAUAAAGAUACCGACCAACAAAACAGAGAAUUGCAACUACUGCAGCGAUUGCUUUUAUUGUUUUUAUAUAUAUAUUUUUUUUUUCUAAAGCUGUGUCAGGUGUAACAUUUCUGUUAAAACACAAAAUAGCAUCUUGUGGUCAAGUGCCAAAUAAAAACAAAAAACAGUAUUGUAUAAGUUUAUACAAGUACAGUUGUUAUAUGUUGAACAAAAUGUUUGUAAUUGUUGCAUUUUUGUAGGUUUUUUAUGGUAUCCUGUAUUUAGUGACUGCAGUUUUGGAACAAAGGAUUCUGUUGUUUUUUUUUUUUUUUUUUUUUUUUUGUUUUUUUUUGUCAAUUUAAAAGGCGAAAAUUAAAUUUACAUUAUAUUGUGUGCGAA